AGACGUAGUUUCUUUUUCAGAAAUAGGUUACACAGGCCUCACACUUUUACUAUUUUAGAUGUGAUAAGCAGGGAAGUAGGUGUGGGAGAGGAGGAGCAACCAUUUUUCCUGAGCUGUGGAUUCUGGAUGCAGCGCUGCAAGCAGUGGCACAGCUGUUAAUGGGACUGUACUUUCUUCACGAGGAAGGAGAUCAUGAGGCUCUUCUAUCGCUACCAGGACCUGGCCCCUCAAUUGGUGCCCCUGGACUAUACCACUGGUCCUGAGGUGAAGGUUCCCUACGAGCUGAUUGGCAGCAUGCCAGAGCUGAAGGAUAACCCUUUCCGCCAGAGGAUCGCACAGGUCUUCUCUCAAGAUGGGGAUGGUCACAUGACCUUAGAGAACUUCCUGGAUAUGUUCUCGGUGAUGAGUGAGAUGGCUCCUCGGGACCUGAAGGCCUACUACGCUUUUAAGAUAUAUGACUUCAACAAUGAUGACUACAUCUGCGCUUGGGACCUGGAACAGACAGUGACCAGGCUGACUCGUGGGGAGCUGAGUGCCGAGGAGGUGACGCUGGUGUGUGAGAAGGUGCUGGACGAAGCGGAUGGUGACCAUGAUGGGCGGCUGUCCCUGGAGGACUUCCAAAGCAUGAUCCUGCGGGCUCCAGACUUCCUCAGCACCUUCCACAUCCGCAUCUGACGUGCUUGGAGGAUGAGGCAUAGCCCACACCCAUCUCCACGCUGCUCUCUGUGAAUAAACAGCAAUCAAACCUGCCUCGGGAUCUUCGCCUUUUGCUGUGUGACCUUCUGUAUGGCCACACACUCUGUGUUGCCAUCUUCCAUUCAUGCAACAAACUGACUUCUAGACCUCACUCUAAAGGUGGAGAGGGGCAGGAGCUUCACAGUUAACAUACAGAGGAAGCCCAAGUCCUCUGCAGAGGCUGUUCCGAGCCCAGGAGCACCUCAGUUUUCACUCACACAUCUGUCUUGUGAAUUCCAGGAGCCCAAGGCUGUCCCAGGGCCAUUGUUUAGGGUACCCACUGCCCAAGAGGAGGUUAUGCCAGCACACAGCCCGGCCACCAGAAUCUUCCCAGACUGCCCACCCCAUGAUUAAAGGCACCAGGUUCUGGGGCUGGAGAGACGGCUCAGCUGUUGACAGCACCUGUUGCUCAGCAGAGGACCUGGGUCAUGAGUUGGCUCCCAGCAGUCACGGUAGUGGUGGUCUCAACUGCUGGAAGCUUUCAUUCUAAAACACCUGACACCUCCUCUGGCCUCCAUGGGCAGCUGUGGGUGUACGUGUGGGCACUUCACACAUACACACAUUUAAAAAUGAAAACAGAUCUGGCUGGGCGUGGUGGCUCACACCUAUAAUCCCAGCACUCAGGAGGCCAAGCAGCCAGAUCUCUGUGAGUUUGAGACCAAUCUAGAGUGACACUAUCUCAAACAAAACAAAACAAAACAAAACAAAACAAAAUAUAACAAAAAUGAGAAUAGGCCAGGCUUGGUGGUGCAUUCAGGAGGUAGAAGCAGGAGGAUCUCUGUCACUUUUGAUACAGCAUGGGAUAUAUAAUGAGUCUCUGUCUCAGUUGAUGAUGAUGAUAAAUAAAAGCCCCAGGUCCUCCC